GUUGUGGGAAAUUGUUGAGCAAAACAAAUUACAUAAAGCGAUCGAAAGGGGCGAUGGCGACUCGAGUGGUGGCAACGGCGACGGUGCGCGCUGUCAAGGGGCGCAAACUGAUCCCAACACGUGCAGCUCUGACCCUGACACCCGCGGCGGUGCAGCGCAUCAAGACCCUGCUCCAGGACAAGCCCGACAUGGUUGGCCUCAAAGUGGGUGUGCGGCAACGGGGAUGCAAUGGACUCUCCUACACACUGGACUAUGCCAGCCAGAAAGCAGAUAAGCUGGACGAGGAGGUGGUCCAGGACGGUGUUAAGGUGUUCAUCGACAAGAAGGCUCAACUGUCGCUUCUAGGCACCGAGAUGGACUUUGUGGAAUCGAAGCUGUCCAGCGAGUUCGUCUUCAACAAUCCGAACAUCAAGGGCACCUGCGGAUGCGGCGAAUCGUUCAGCAUGUAAGCACCGACGACGGUGACGGAGGCGGAGCAGAUCCGCCCCGGCCCGCCGGCACCCGCCUCGCAGACACCUAACGUUAACCAAAACCCAGUUAUAUAUACAUAAAUGGAGAUAGCAGCUUAGAGUCUCAUUUCUGUUGGCAAGAACCGUGUAAAUUUUACUCCAAAAGCGAAUUCUAAAUGUUUAAGUUGUGUUCUGUAGUUAAAUUUUAGUUGUACAAAGCUUAGUGCUAGGCCCCCAUCAACCUGUAACCAGCAACCUAGCCGAGAAUAUAAAUAGACAAGAAAUGUUCUAGACA